AUGACGAAAAACCAAGCAGCCUGGAUCACCGAGGCCAAGCUCAAGCCUCUCAAGGUUCAAGGGGCUCCCGACCCCAAGGCUGGGCCCGGCGAGGUCGUCAUCAAGAAUGCAGCCGUUGCUAUCAAUCCUAUAGAUUGGAAGAUCCAAUCGUACGGCAUCCUCCUGACGCAGUAUCCCAACAUUCUGGGCACUGACGUUGCCGGUACGGUUGAGGAAGUUGGCGAGGGUGUCACCCGCAUCACCAAGGGUCAGCGAGUCAUCGGCCAUAUGGCCGGAGUGAUGACUGGAGACUUGGCAAGCGCGGCUUUCCAGCUCUACAGCAAGACGUUCGAGACGUUGGUCUCGCCCAUCCCAGACUCGCUCAGCUUCGAGGAAGCCUCGGUGCUCCCUCUCGCCAUCUCGACCGCGGCGGCAGGUUUGUACCCGAAAACGCACUUGGCACUGCCGUUCCCGUCAGCCAGCCCGCAGCCCACAGGCAAGACGCUGCUUGUCUGGGGCGGUUCGUCAAGUGUGGGCGCCACGGCUAUCCAGCUAGCCGUUGCAUCUGGCCUGAAGGUUGUGGCGACGGCGUCGCGCAAGAACCACGAGUUUGUGAAGUCGCUGGGUGCAGCGGCGGUGGUGGAUUAUAAUUCACCAAACGUUGUCGAUGAGAUUCUUGCGGCAAUCGACCAGCAGGGCGGCAAUAUCGUUGGCGCGUACGACGCCAUCUCCGAGCCCGGUUCGCUGAAGCUCAUUGGUGCUGUUACGGACAGGCUGGGUGUUUUGCCAGUGGCGACUGUGCUGGUGCCGCCUGAAGGCCUGACCAAGACGGUUGAGCCGAAGAAGAUCACGGCGCCGACCAUUGCAACUGAACACAAGGAGGUGGGUGACGCCAUCUGGCGCAAGUUUGUGCCCGAGGCAUUGGCGAGCGGACAGCUGAAGGCCGAACCGGCGGCAUUGGUGGUUGGCAAGGGGCUGGACAAGCUCCAAGAAGCGAUGGACAGGCAGCAGGCCGGUGUGUCGGCGCAGAAGGUGGUUGUCAGCCUGUGA